AUGUCAGGCUUGACAACUACUAAUUUUUAUGGAAGUCGCAAACAUAAUAGUGAAAUAACAUCUCCAUCUUUAUCUUCAUUAAGUAAGGUAAGACGUGAGCAAUGUCAUUUUCUUAACAUAAAACGAUUACAAGGUCCACCAAUUGGUUGGAAAGUCUUUCCAAGACAACAUGAAGCUAUUAAGUAUGCAUCAAUCAAAGCAAAUGGUUGUAUGACAUUUACUUAUGAACAAAGCACUGGUCAAAGAGCUUUUAUGGUUGCCCAUCCCGAAACGUUUUGGUAUUAUGACUCUAUAAGGCCUUUUAACAAAAGACAUACAUAUGAAAUAAUUACUGAAAACCAUCCUUGUAAAUUGUAUUUUGAUAUAGAGUUUGAAUAUAAAGAAAAUCUUAAUUCAAAUGGUAUUCAAAUGUUAGAAACGUUCGACCAAAGUGAAUGUCAUUCAUCAUAUUCACAAUCACCUUACCCAAAAAUUGAUAAAUUUAUUUCUAAUUUAAUAUUUCCUGGCAAGAUAUUUAGAUAUCACUAUUUUCCAUCUGCCAACAAACUUGUGUAUAGCAUUAUAAAAAAUCGUUAUUGUGGAAAUGUAAAGAGACAGCAUAAAAGGUAUAAAUCAAAUGGUACAAAAUUACCAGAUGAAAUAUACUUUGAAUAUGCUAAAACUUCAAUUGACAAUUUAUCAGAUAGUAAAUUAUUGGAAGUAGCUAAUACUGUUUUUAUAAAUGAAUGA